AUGUUGGCUACCAAGGGCACUCAAAAGGCUGUACCAGUCACCGGAUUUGUGAAGAUACCUCACCGAUAUCGCUCAGGAACCGUGGCCCUUCGUAAGAAUCGUCCGUACCAAAUAUCAACUGAAUUGCUCUCUCACAAGUUGCCGUUCCAACGUCUGGUCCGUGAGGUUGCUCAGGACUUCAAGACCGAUCUGAGCUUCCAACGUGGAAAAGGAGGUAAAAGACUCGGUAAAGCAGGAGCUAAACGUCAUCGUAAAGUGCUCAGAGACAACAUCCAGAGAAUCACCAAACCGGCUAUUCGUCGUCUGGCUCGUCGUGGUAGAGUGAAACGCAUUUCUGGACUGAUCUAUGAGGAAACUCGUGGAGUGCUGAAGGUUUUCCUCGAGAACGUCAUUAGAGAUGCCGUCACCUACUGUGAGCAUGCGAAGAGAGACAGUGACGGCCAUGGAUGUCGUGUACGGGCUCAAACGUCAAGGACGUACGCUGUACGGUUCCGGAGGAUAAGGAAGCUUCGUAAUCUAUAA